GUGGCGGAGCCGCCUGGUUCGGAUCUGACGGUGGGAUCUCCUCCCAGUCCAGCAGUGGUGCUCGAUCCGACUUCUCCACCAUGGCGCUGCCGCCUGCGAGGACACAGGGAGGGGUACAAACAACACACAAGUUUUCAGGGCCCCCAGCAGGGGGUUCAAGGGAGCUCCAGUAAUUCCAAGCAGUCAUAAGGUGAAGGGAGGGUCUCCCUGGGUUACAGUCUGUCACAGGGCCACAUAAAGAGGCCACAGGCAGCUAUAAUGUUGUUUGAUGGGAUCAGCCAGCAGCUGGACUUCACCAGCUGUGGAGAGGAGGGCAACAGCAGUGACAACAGUUCUGAUGAAUGUGCCUCCAGAAUACCAAGUCCUAGACUCAGAUCUCCCAGUCCUGCUUGCAGAACGCCAAGGGUACAGCGCCACCGCAGCAGGAACAGCACUGUGUCCUCACCGUCACAAUGCACCAGCCCUAUACCCUAUGCCUUCCUGAGGAAACUGAGGCUUUGUGAUUCUCCCAGUACCCCUAAGAGUUUGAUAUCUAAGUCGUCCCAGCCAUGCUCCAGCUCAAAGGUCAGUUGCAAGCGCAGGACGCCACAUUCUGACUCAACUGUGGUAAAUGUCUCCAGAGCGCCCUCUGUCAACGUGAAUCCUUUUACCUCUGACACCGUACGCAAAAAUAGUGAGCAGUGGAGGAACAGUUUUGGGAGUGAUGAUGAUGACUGUGGACGCAGGUUGAAACACAGCUUGACGUCAUCUGAGGAGGAUGAUGACUCUUUUCUCCCACGAAAGAAAAGAGCCGUCCAGUCCUUCAUGUUGUCACGCUAUGAGAGUGAGUUCCUGGAGCUGGAGUGCAUUGGUGUGGGUGAAUUUGGGGCAGUUUAUAAGUGUCUGAAGAGGCUGGAUGGCUGCUUGUACGCCAUAAAACGCUCACGGCGUCCCCUUGCAGGCUCUGCCAAUGAACACCUGGCUUUAAAGGAAGUAUAUGCACACGCCGUUCUGGGGCUACACCCACACGUUGUUCGCUAUUAUUCAGCAUGGGCAGAGGAAGAUCACAUGAUCAUUCAAAAUGAAUAUUGUGAUGGUGGAAGUCUCAGUGAUGCCAUGGUGAAGAAACAGGAGCUGUGUGAGCAGUUUUCAGUGGCAGAACUAAAAGAUCUCCUUUUACAAGUGUCCAUGGGUCUGAAAUACAUUCACAGUUCAGGCUUGGUACACUUGGAUAUCAAACCAAGUAAUAUAUUCAUUUGUCAGUCCCUCUCCUCAAAUUCCCCUGCUGAGAGGGACAGUGACGAUGAGGAAGACAAGAAGACUUCCGGGGGAGUCAUUUACAAGAUUGGGGAUCUUGGCCAUGUGACUUCAGCCAACGAUCCCCAGGUUGAGGAAGGGGAUAGUCGCUUUUUGGCCUUGGAGAUCCUACAUGAAGAUUACAGUCACCUUCCCAAAGCAGAUGUCUUUGCUCUAGGCCUCACUGUGGUUCUAGCAGCUGGGGCGCCCCCUCUGCCUUUAAAUGGAGACCAGUGGCACAGCCUUAGAGAGGGCAUGUUCCCCGAGCUGCCACAUGAGCUCCCACCUCCAUUUAGAAGCCUAAUUCAGCUGUUAUUGGAUCCUGACCCCGGAAAGCGUCCUUCUGCCAGAGAGCUCUGCAAACACCCAGUGUUGAAGGAGGAGAGAACCAGUCGUGUAGCUGCUCAACUCCGCAAAGAGCUCAACGUGGAGAAGUUCAGGACUGCGAUGCUUGAAAAAGAGCUCCAGCAGGCUCGACAGGCAGCACUGUCGCCUAAACAGAACCUUCCUGUUGGCUUGAAACCUGCUGUGAAGAUGGGGUCUGUACCAAGAAAGGGGAAAAGGCUUGUUGGCAGGAGCACAGCACGAUCCAUAAGUUGUGACGUAUCUGGAUACGGUGUCUGAUGCCACAAUUUGAGGCCCAGACGAUGACUGGGGAAUAUUUGCCUAAUGGAUGCUUGAAAUGACAACCUAAUUUGAUCUUUUGGGACUAACGUAUCCAAAAGAAUGCCUUGUUUUUUUUUAAUCUUAAUAAAAUGUUAUCAUCUUG